AUGGAUGAACAAGAUUUCCUGGCAAACGAUCCGAUCGUGAGGAAUGUCGCCGCGGUGACACUACUUAUUUACUUCAUUGCUGCCAUUAUUGGCAUCCCAGCAAAUAUUUACGUGUUGAUUCGAAUGAAAAAGCUAGCUAAAAAUGACAACGAAAGAUACCGUAGUGGUACCGGUGUAGCACUCUGCUCAAUGGCGGCUGCUGACCUCUGCUCCUUAUUGUUGAUAUUAUCACAGAAUCUCAUGCAAUUAUAUCCACAACUUGGUGGCGAUGAAGUAUUUAUGCAUUACGUUUGUAAGGUACCACAAAUAUCUUGCAGUUUUCAAUCUAAAGAACUAAUCCUUUCACAAAAUGACACGCAUGUGGACAUACAUUAG